AUGCAGAGUGAAGGUGUUAACUGUGGUGUUACUGAGUGGGUUGACAAGCCCUGGCAUCCAAUUCUUCAGAAUUGCUUGUCCAGGCUGUGGGACAUGUACCAUGAACAGAAUUGUGGCAGGGUAGUUGAUAAGCAGAAGUAUGAGAAGCAUUUGGCCAAGCUUAAGACUGAAAAUGACAGGUUGUGCAUUGAGUACACAAAGCUUGUCCAAGAUGUAUCCAAGAUGUUUGAUUGGCAGGAUUGUAGGGUAGACCACAUGGAUUACCAGAAGGCAGUUGAGGAGGAAGAAUUUGAGAAGAAGAAGAAAGAGAAUACCAGGAAGGCAAAAAAGGAGGUCGAACAGGAGAGAGAUUUGCUUAAGAUAGAGAAGGCCAAGCUUGAGCAUGUGGUGAAUGAGCUGCUGAAGGAUGGGCAUGCAAGCAAGGAGAAACUUGAGAAAAUCAAGGCCAUCCUUGAUUCAUGA